UAGAAAAAAAACAAAUAAAUUAAAGUCAGAUUUGCCUCUUCUCUUCUCUCUCACCAGUUAGUGUUUUUAAGAUUAGAAAACCAAAAUCCUAAAACCCAAUUACCCACCCACGAUUGACCCACACUCGGCCACCCAUCGCCAGCAUCUCUUGCCACUCCUUGCCGGCGUUUCUCACCAAUCACCAUCAUUGUCUUCUCUCCCAAUCCACUUGGAUGCUUGGAGACUGGAGUUCGUGUGCCCCACUUCCACGAGUGAACCCCCUUGUCGGUCGUCGCACGGAGUGUUAUUGGCUACUGCAGUGAUGCCGUGAAGUCAAGGCCACCACCGGCCACCGUAAAUACCACUAGACCACUCCCACCUUCAAUUUAAUUUAGGUAUUAUUUUGAAUUAUGAAAGAUUGAAAUCCCAAAAGUUAGGGUUUUUUAUUUCAAAAUUCAUUAAAAUUUCUUCAAUUGUUAAUUUGUUAUUACUUAUUAAACUUGGGAAUUUGGGAUGAUUAUUUGGAUAAUGCAUAAUAGUAUUAAUAGUUUGAUUAUGAAUAUGCUUAAUUAACUUGUAUAGAUCUAGCACAAGGAAAGGUUUACAACUAAUUAAGGAGUGGAGAAUGUGGUGAUAUGGAUUGAAGAAAACAACAAAGGAAGUAGCUAGCUAGCCGGCGUAGAAAAAAGAUAAUAAAGAAAUACGAGUAGCUAGUAGUAGCCAGUAGGAGUGUAAUUCAAAUUAAAGGGAACGAAUUGUUUUUCAUUCAAAAAAUAAAUAAAAGGGACUAAGAGAAAUUUCCGAUGACAGAGAUUUUGGGUUUAGUAGUGACUUGUAAGAAAACAGGGUGAAGCUACAAAAGUAAAAUGGAGUAUUAACCAAAGGCACCAGCUGUAUCUUGUAGAAUGUGAUAUGUUGAGUUGGUCAUUAGUGGACUCAAAAAAUUAAGAUUCCUUUUUGGACAACAAUUUGAAGAUUGAAGAUUAAUAUUAUCUCGCCACUUUAAGUUUGUUACUGAUAUGACAUAUCGUGAAAGAUAGUGUUAUUAUCAAUAAUAAUCUCAAACGGACAAUUUAGUACUGAGUUUUUUAACGGUUGACGUGCUUUAUAGACGAGGAAUGAGCAAUAGCCAAUGGACAAUGAUCUUCUCCCCUUUGUUUUGUCCUACAAGUUUAUAUUAGUAUUAACUUGUGAAGUAUUUGUGAUAUACUCCCUUUAUUCUAUUAAUCUGUUAUAUUUUACUUUUUACGCAAUCUUAUGUGAUAUUUGAUGGUGCCCCCAGAGACUCCGAACUCUGGAUUCGCCCCUGCUUAUGUUAAACAUUGUUUGUUGUUUCUACAAUUGCCCAUUAACCUUUGUUUAUUAAAUUAUGGUUUAUUGGCUAUUACAUUUUCAAAUUGAUUAGGGUUUAUUUUGAUUUGUUGGAAUUUUAAUUGAUUAGUAAUUUGAUUUUGGUUGAAUUUAUUGGAAUAAAGUUCAAAUAAUCAAAUAGUUUUGGAUAGGAAUAGCACGUUCUGAGUUUGUUUGAUUGCUUUUGCUUAAGUGAAACAUUGUUUGUUGAUUCUACAAUUGCCUACCUUUGUUAAUUAAGUUAGGGUUUUGGUUCGUAUAUUUUCAAAUUGACUUGGUGUUUAUUUUUUGAUUUGUUGAAAAUUUAAUUGAUUAGUAAUUCGAGUUUGUUUGAAUUAGUUGGAAUAAAAGUUCAAAUGAUGAUAUUAUGCGUCCUUUCGGUAUAUGAUAACUCUGAGUGUACAAUUGAAUGUAAUUUUUUAUUCAUAUUACAACAUUAUUUGAUUUUAUUCUGAUUCACCCAUGUAAUUUCAAGAUGUCUUCUUUACCCAUUUUUUUUGGCUCUUUUCUAACUUCUCCGGAAAAAAAUCAGUGUAACACAUUAUUUCUCGGCAUUUUCCUGUUAUGCAUCGUAUCACGGUCGUUUUGAAGGUGAAAACAAAUGCACCGUUAUGCUACAAGACUCGAAUCCAUUUUAUGACGCACGUUAUGUAUCGUAACAAUCAAUUUUUUCUUCUUUGUUUAAGACAUGUGGUACAUGGUACUACCACCAUUAUUCUGCAUGUCUGUGUUUUGUGUUACAGAUGUUAGUUAUUUAUAGUCAAGGGCGGAUCCAUGGGCCGUCAAUGCUGUCAACUGACAACAUUCAACUUAUAUAUAAAACCAUAUACCAAUAAAUCUUUAUAUAUGUGCUGGUUAAGUUGGUAGGAGUUUUGCUAUGUAGUGGUAUUGACCCGGAUUCGAACCUCAUUAAGGACAUUUUUUACAAAUAUUAUUAACAUCAUAUGAUUUUGUUCUACAUCCACCCUUGUUUAUAUUCUUGUUUGUUUGAGCAUAAGCUAGACGUGUUGUCAUUGGCUUUGUCUGCCACUAGAGAAGAAAUUUGGCCAUCUAACUACCCGCAACAUCUUGCUACCCCCAAUGUCAUUUUGGCUAUCUUACAACCAUUCAAUAUAAUGGUUCGAUGCAAUCCUUCCUUUUUGGGCAUAUAGAGGCGGCAAAGAGUGUGCUAAGUCCAAUUUAAUCCAACGACUAUUUUAUCGGUGUUUUUUCUUUUAGACAAUUUAGUUUGUGUUUCUUGGAAGUUUUCUUUGGACCAAAACUUGAAUGUGAUAAUUAUUUUCCAAUGAUUGUAGACGUAUCUUAAGACGUAAGGUGAGUUGAAGAAUAUCUAAUCAUAUGCUGUUCGUUGAUGUGUUUCAACUUUCAAUGAACCAAUCUUUCACUUUUUCUUGUAUCUCAUCCUAGCAAAGCUGGUUGGGUGACAUUCUUAGUAUGAGGCUAUGAGCAACAAUUUUAUAUCAACCUGUUUAUUGGCUUCUGCUCUGGCAUUUUUUUAGUUAUCUUUUUGUUUAUACUUAUAUCAAUCAAAGGUUUUUUUUUUUUUUUUGGAUUUAUCAGUGAGUUGUGAAGUUUCAGGUGAGCCAGACUGUUUUCUGAUAUGACUAACUUGAUAAAAUUGAAGCAACUAUACAUCAAAGCACAAAUGUAAACCUGAGAAUAGAGAGAUUGAAUUUUGAUGUGAUGCUGGUGGUUGUUAGCCAUUUUGUACAUAUAUGAUCUGAUCUGCAUUUGUGUGUUUUAGCGAUAACAUCGCAUUUAUAAUCUCUCUUCAUCAGUAUUCUGUUCAGAAGUCUCAUUUUCUUAUACUGUACUAAGAACCAGUCAACUCAGAUCAUAUAGUUCUUUGAGUUUCAUCUUUCUUCCUUCUUUUGGGGCUAAUCAAGUUCUGAGAUGCUUUUUUUUCAUAGGGAUCUGCUUCUGAGCAUGACUCUUCACGUGCAGUCAACUUCUGAAACUUACUAUGAUAUCCUACAUAUAAAGGAAGAUGCAACCUACGAUGAGAUUCGUCAAAGCUAUAGAUUAGCUCUUCUUCAUUCCCACCCGGAUAAGUUGCAUAAAUCUAUUGAAAUGCCAAACUCCGGUGAAGAUGUAGAACAUAAAUUCAUGAAGGUCCAAAAGGCUUGGGAAACUCUUGGUGAUUCCCGAUCACGUGCACUUUAUGAUAAUAAGCUAAGAAAUUUGAGAUGUGAUGAAUUGGUUGCAGACGAUGUUUCCUUCGAGGACAUGAUAGUGGAAGAUGCCAGGGAGGCUUUAGAGUUCUGUCACCAAUGUCGAUGCGGUGAUUAUUUUUCAAUUAGUUGGCCCGAGUUGGAAGAAAUGGGCUAUGAGUUAUAUAGAGAUGAAAAGGAUGAGAUUUCCGUUGGAACUACUGAAGAUUUGCCGGCUUCUGUGAUUAUUCCCUGCAGUUCGUGUUCUCUUAAAAUCCGCCUAUGCAUCAGCACAAACAGCAGAAUAAGGCUGUAGAAAGUGCACAAGUUUUCUUCCUUGACCCAACUUUGUUGAAUUUGCCCAUUGGGGAGUGUAAUUGAGAACCGUCCACUGGGUUGGGUUGACGUUUUUUGCUCUUAAACGCAGGAAGUGUCGUCUAGUCUGUACAACGCACUAGAAUUUUUUUUCUAUACAAGGAUUUAUAUCCUUCGAUUCUGUAAACAAGAAUGAGCAAGAUUUUGUAGUCAAUUGCGUAACAAUCUAUGAUUUGGUCAUGUUUUCUAAC